UACUUAAUGUUCAUGCUGUCAUGGACACUUGGACACAUUAUCACUUCUCAGAGAUAUCGCGUACUCUCUUCUCGCUUCAUCUGCAUACUCCGGCAUGUCUGGUGGCUUACCAACAAGCGGCAGCUCGCCGCCGCCGCCGCCCCGCACACUGUUCCUCUCGCUGGCCGCGUGCAUGUUCGCCGUCUCCUUCGCCGUCCUCCUGGUCACGGCGUUCGCGUUCUGCUGCCGCUGGAGGAGGGGCCGCGGCUCCAGGCUCCCCGGCGGCCAUUGCGGCGGCGAACCGUCGUUCCCUGCUGUCGAGACGAUGCUGCCGUCCUUUCCUUACGCUCCCGAGGACGACGACGACGGCCCGCGCGAGUGCGCAGUGUGCCUCGGCCCGGUGACGGAAGGGGAGACGGUGCGGCGGCUGCCGGCGUGCAGGCACCUGUACCACCUCGCGUGCAUCGACCGCUGGCUGGCGGCGCACCGGACGUGCCCGGUGUGCCGGUCGCAGCUUGAUUCGUUCAAGGCGGAAGUUGCAUCGUCAUCCUCCGGCCCCGGUGCCGAACGAUCCACACAUCCACCUGACCAGUCGCCUGUGUAGCGUUGAUAAUUUGGUGUGUUGUGUACUAUGUUAUAGGGAUUGGGGGAUGGUUGGCA